AUUACGCUCGCCGCAAGUAAGAGAUAUGGCAGAAUUGGGAAGUGAUGAUGAUGAUUUUUCAAACCAAAUGGAGGAAAAGCCUCUUCAACCUGCUCCAGGCACAAAGACUGAGCCUACAAAGCUGCCCCCUACACGACCUGUAGGAAGACCACUACCAGAUAAGGCACUUGGUCAAUCCAAAAACGAGAUAAUUGGUGAAACGGCAAUCGACAACAAGAAGUCUGGUGGAUUUCUACAGAAAGUGAAGACCUUCUUCAAACCUGUUGAUGAGUCAAAAAGAUUCAGUGGUGAAGGAGAUCAGGAAGAUGAUAGUGAGGAUGAUGAUGAUGAUGAAGAUGAUGAUGAUGACGAUGACGAGGAUGAUGAACCAACAGUGCCUCUGGAAGGAGCUUAUGACCCAGCGGAGUAUACCAAUCUUGCUGUGUCAGCCGAGAUUAAAGAACUGUUUCAGUACAUCUCAAGGUACACACCUCAGUCCAUAGAGCUGGAGCAUACGCUCAAGCCAUUUAUUCCUGACUUCAUUCCAGCCAUUGGGGAUAUUGACGCCUUCAUCAAAGUUCCUCGUCCGGAUGGAUCAAAAGACAUUUUGGGGUUAACUGCUUUAGAUGAGCCCAGCUCUAAGCAGUCAGAUGCCACUGUGCUGGACCUGCAGCUAAGAGCUGUCUCCAAGCAAUCAACACUCAAAACGAUGGCAGUGAAGAAUAUAGAGAAUGCUGACAGAAAUCCAAAGGCAAUAGACAGCUGGAUUAACAGCAUUAGCGAUCUCCACAGGAACAAGCCACCUCCUACUGUGCACUAUACAAGAAACAUGCCUGAGAUUGACACUCUGAUGGAAGAAUGGCCACCGGAAAUAGAGGACUUACUGAAAGAGAUUGAGCUGCCUAGUGCUGACCUCGAUGUUGAUCUCUCCACCUAUGCAGAAAUGAUUUGCAAUAUGUUGGAGCAUCCCUGCUGUACAAGUCUAAGAUUCAGUCAGCUGCAUGUGGCCUAUUCACCUUGUUUUCAGAGGUUCAAAAACUCUGCGCACUUCCGAAAUUUGGCGCAACAAAACCAAUUAGACAACUCCCUCACAAAUGAAGAGGCAGACACAAAAGAAGAGCAAAUUGACAGAUUUGUGUUGCAGUGAGUCGUCUGUGUAUGCCAGAGUUGAAACGAUAAUAAUACUAUACUAUACUGUUCUAGGAUCAAGAGUGUAACUGCCCAACCAUCUCAAGGUAGAUAUAAUACAUUUUCUGAUGUUUGCCUGCUUGCUUGUUUUGACAUUAUCAAGGAAUAUACAAGGGACCAAGCAAAUUAUACAUUGCGAUAUACCGUGGUCGAAUGCAUUGUAACUGUAUGUAUUGCUAUAUUGAUAGAAGCAGUAUUAUACUAAAACUACUUGGAGCUGCAUUCUUUUCUGUAAUGGUUGUGACUCUUAUAUCUGACGGUUCAUAAUAUAGGAUGCUGUGUAUAUACUGUGUGUCAGUUCCAUAUAUAUCAAUUAUUUAUUGCACAUGCAAAAAUAUUAUCUUUGAUGUAUCAUAUGCGUUUAAUGGUGUGGUAUGACUGAGCUUCACACUGCAUGGUUACACAUCCGUCCAUUUACUUAGAUAAUGACUUGUUACACAAGUAAUGUUUUUUGUCUUACCACUUUGAAUAUGAUAUCUCAUCAAUAUUUGACAAAUAGAAACGCAUGCUAAUUUUAUUUAAUAGUGGACCCUAGCAAUAUAGAAGUAUGUAAUUAUGUCUGGGGGAAAAUAAAACCUAUUGAAAUGUAUCAUACCAUGUGAUAAUAGUAAUAACAGCAACAUUAAUGAUGGAACCCAAAAUCCCGCAAAAGCAAGCAUUUAUUUUCUCAUGUUUGUGCAUGUUAUGACGUCUAAUGCAAUAAAAUUGAACAAUUUACAAGGUG